AUGUCGGUUUGGAUUGAUGAUGCUGGAGAGAUCUGGGAUGCGAACUUCAUAAGCAGUACUGUUGAGAGCACAAAAAUUUCUCGAGCGACUUCUAUUGUCCGACUUCAAAUUAUAUUCAAUUCAGAGUCGGACGAGUAUUGCACUUUCGAACUCACGCGCGAAAUCCCCAGUGAUCAAGGUCAGCCUACAACCAGCACGACCAAACAGAUCGGUCGGCUUUGGUACACGUUGGACACCGCCAAAUUCAGUUUCGAGGAAAGAUUUCGCAUCUACACUGUUCUGCAUUAG